UUAAAUAAUAGGAAUUGAAGACAAAUGGAAGCCAAACCUAAUAGAAAGACUAAGAGGAUAUACUGUAGCCUAAUAUCUGUGAACAAGAGAUUAUCAGAAGGAAGAGCCCCAAAAACUGACUAUUCCAGUAGAUUAAGCUACGAUUUGGAGCAGAAUAAUCGAAGAAUUUCAGCUGCUGACAACUCUUUAAAAUUGAUACAGGAGAAAGCUAAGAAAAUAUUUGAAUUGAGUCCGAAAAAUUUACUAACUGAGAAAUCGCUCCAAUUCCUUGUGGAGCUUAUAGAUGCAAACUUCUCAACUAGACUUUUAAUGGAGAUAUUGAUGGUCAAAUGGAGUGACAAAGACAUGAUAAUUUCUGGAAAAAUUCAGCAAUGUUAUUCGAAAGACCUCCAGAAAAAUGAAGAGACUAAGGAACUCCCUCAGACUGGAAGGUUGAAUUAUUAUAAUCAGCAGAAGUGAGAAGGCACAUUGCUCCAGAGUAUCUUUGAUUGAAUGAAUAACUCCAGAAAUAAAUAGACUUAGAAAAUUUUCCUCUUACUUUUUAUGAUACUUCAGCUUUAACAACAGCAUUGUGCAGAACAAGCUCUGAGAGGGCUUUGGCUUCAGUCCAUUAUCAAGUGCAGUAAUCUUGAAUAAUUUUCCUAAGAAUCUCAAUAAAUCUACAGAUAAAAGGAAGAGUAAUAAAAACUCUAAACUCAUGAUAAUCAACCUUAUGAAAUUAUUGAAAAAUAAUUGUGAACAUCAGUACUCCCAGUAUAUAGAAGUAAAACCAAAGCAGAAAAAGUUGCUAUUCUUCUGUUACCCAGAGUUCAAGUCAAAUCUUGCCUCAUUAAAUGACUUUCCAGAUCCAUGGGAGUACUUAAUUGGGUUCUUUGUCUCUCAAAAGACUAAAUCUGAACAGGAAAUACCGUUGAUGGUAUCAGUCUCUUCUAAGCAAAAUUACUCAAGUUUUGAUCAAACUUAUGAGAAAGUUGAAAGCCCGAAGGACAGUAUGAAUGUUAAACUCCCGAAAAAUAGCCCUAAGACUUAUGUGUCAUCCAAGAUUACAGAGGAGAAUAAGAGUCAGAGUAGCAAAACUGCUCGGAAUAAUGUGUAUAAGCUCAAACCUCCAAAUCAAAGAAUCAACUUGUCUAAUAAUUCCAGGAAAGAAGAGAAAAAUCGGAAAAAGUAUAAGAAGAAUUUAGCCAGAUCACAGCUGAAAUAUUCUACUAACCAACCUACUUCAAAGAAGCAGGUGGAUAAAGGACUCUCUAUAACUAGCCGCCUCUCAAAGGAUUUCCAGAAUCGACCAGUACAUAGAUACUCAAAACUUUCAAAAUCGCUUCUAAAACCUGAGCAGAAGAGGACACCGAUUAUUAAGGCUGAGGUGGAUCAGAGUGUCAAACCUGAGAAAUUCAGGGCUUCUGAGUAUUACUAUCAAAUCACCAACAACAUCAACUUAAGUGUAGACAUUAACAAAUAAAUAUACUACAAGAACUGUGUUUAGCGAUAGACACCACUCUAUAAAUUCAGACUUGUCUAAGCCAUCAGAGAGUGAGAUGGUCAGGAGGAUAAACCAAAAAUAAAAGAAAGUUACAGACUAAGAGAGAUAUUGAUACAGCCAAGAAGACAGCUUCUAAACAUAUUUCCAUUGUACUUAAGCAUAAUAAGCCUAAUCUCCGCCAAGAGUUUGAUAUCCAACUGACUCAUGACCAGGAGAAGGAAGAGAAUUCUCCUAAAUUUAAGAAGAUGCAUAGGAACACUAAGAAGAAAAAGAAGUCAAUGUCGCCUAGAGGGCUGAAGAACUCCUUAGCAAAGUAUAGCGAGAAGAAGUCCUUCCACUCUGAUAAGAAGAAGAUUAAUAUGCAUUCUCCUGGAGCUAUAUAUUCACCUAAAGGAGACAAUAACCAUGAGAAAAAGCAAGAAGUGGGGAGAAAAAAAUUUUUAGGCUCUUAUUCUCCUAAGUGCAAUAAUCCAUCAACUACUGGUAUAUUUGAUAUAAAUGAAAUGUCUGAGCCCCUGCAUCAUAAUCCUCCCAGAACACUUCUUUCUAAGCCAAAAAUGGAGACAAAUUCUUUGCAGUUAUCUUUAACCAGGAUUGAUAAAAAUCUGGCCAAACUCAAUACGACUAGUCCUAAUUUCUACAAUUCUAAAAACUCUCAAAAAUCUUCAAAGCCGAGGAAAUUACAAAAAUUUGAAAAUCCAAAUAGAAGGCUUUCGGGUGUAAACAGCAAUAUUCAAAGUUCUAAUAGCUAUAUGACCUCACUGAAGACAUGGAAGUCUGGUAGCCUUGGUUCCAAAUUAAUCUCCCCACAUCAAUUCCAAGGGGCUAAGAAUACCAAAGUUUCACAGUUCCUAAUCCAAUCAGAUAGAAUGGAGGCUACUCAAGAAUCUAUAUCCGAAAAAUCAGCAGUCAUACCUCAGAACCAGGUUCCAUUAACAAUGAAAAAGAAGUUACCCUCAAAUCUCCCAAUGACAAGGAAGAUCUUAGACAGAAAUCACGACUAAAUUUAAUUA